AUGGCUUCAGUCCCAGGUGUUGGUCAAGGAGGGUUUGUGGCAGCUUCUGAUGUCCUUGAGGAGCUCAUAAGUGGUGGGACUGUUGCUCCUAUUGUAGCUGGUGCUAGUGCUAAUGCUGCUGCUCCUGUGGCAGCUGGUAUUGGUGCUGGUGCUGCUCCAGUAGCAGUUGAUCCUGCUGGUGGUGGUGGUGUUAGGGCUAUGAGGUGGUCCAACAACACCUCUGGUUUUGUUCUUAGGAGAAUGGCUGCUCUGGUCACUGAUGGCAGCAGGUCUGACAAGGUCUUCAAGGAUAAAGAUGUGAAUCAUGUAGCCAAAGCCCUUAAGGACUGGUGUGGGGAGAAAUGGGCUAAGGUGUCCAACCUCAAGGACCUUAGUGGUGCUCUAUGGGAUGACAUCACCCAUGCUAUCAUGCUUGACCAUGAGCACUACCUUGGCCACACCAAGGACCAUCCUAAAGAUGCUGAGUACCUAAACACCCCUAUUAGGUUCUACACUGAGAUGGAGGCCAUAUUUGGCAAUGCUUUAGCCAUUGGUAGGUUUGCACUUGGGUCUGGGGAAGCCUUAGGGCAGAACCAGGCUGACAGUGUUGCUGCCAAGGUUGAUGGUCCUCCAUUGACCCCACUCACUAGUGAUAAAGCUCCCACUGCACCUGCAAAGGGUAGCAAGGCCACAGAAGUGCCCUGCUCAGGUGUUGGUGGGAAGAGGAAGAGAGGGGAUUUCUCUGAGGAGGAGAUAGUCAUGUUGACCAACAUGUCUGAUGCUGUCAACAAUGUGGCUAAUGCUCUUAGGGAGACUGGACCUGCCCAUGUUGAUGCCAAUCUGUACCUUGCUGUGAUGGAGAUGCCUGGCUUCUCUGAGGAGGCCCUUAUUGUUGCCUACACCUUUCUCCUGGACAACAAGACCCAAGGCAGGGGCUUUGUGAACAUGACUGAUGCUCAUAGGACCAUUUGGCUGCAGACCUUCUUAGCCAAAAACUACUUCAUGUAG